UCGGUCGUCUUUCCCUUUUUUGCAUCACACCAUCACACCAUUGUCACUAGUUUACCAUAUCCUAAUCCCAUGUACCCAUCACUUGCCUUAUCUCCUCGAGAUAUACUCGUAGAAAAUGAGAUCUCCCACACGAACGGCGAUCUCCGUUGCGUCAGCCGACCAGUGUUUUCGCCGGCGCGCCGGAAGCGAAGCACGUAAAGAAACCACUGCCUGCAUGCAUGUCAACUUAAGUGACUUUUGGAAAGAUGGCAUGUAGCAGCACGUCGCGGUCACCUGACAUGUACAGCCAUUCGCUCAAAUCAUACAAUUGCCUGAUCAAUUCCUACAAGAAUUUUUACACGGCACACAGAACACUUCUCCGUUCCCCGGUUGGUAUCUUGCUUGCUCAUGGGAGAGCGGGAGAAGGGAGGAGGAGAAGGCCGCCCAGCUGCAGGGCUCGUCGUCGGCAGCGGAGGGGAGGGAUCUCUCCGGCCGGUUGAGCUCGACCUCAUCGGCACGGUCGGUGCGGACUCACCUUUGCUGGUCGCACCGGCGACCCUGUCAGCGGAGGCCGAGCAGGAGCCGCGGCAGCUGUUCCGGUGCCACUACUGCCGGCGGGAUUUCUACAGCUCGCAGGCGCUCGGCGGGCACCAGAACGCGCACAAGCGUGAGCGCACGCUCGCAAGGCGCCACGCCGGCGUGCCAGCGCCGCUCGGACAGCACGGUUACGCCUUCGCCAUCCACGGCGGGCUCGGUGCGCCGGGGCCUGGCCAGCUUCCGAGCUGGUUCCGCGCAUUCAACGUCCGGAGGACGGCGGUGGCGGCGUUCGGCGAGGACGAAGGCUGGCGACGGCGGAGUGACGAAAAUGUUGGCCACUGUAGCGAUGGAGAUCAAGAGCUGCCGAACCUUGACUUGACGCUAAAGCUGUAAUCGUAGUAGACCUUUGGUACUACGUGCCCAUGGAUUAAGUGCUUAGAGUAUGUGUGUAAAUAGUUUUGUUGCAAAAAAGAUGCCAUGUGAUGAGAAUAAGCAACACAUAGUACUAGAUAAUAAUUUUAGAACAUUUGAGAGCUCUUGUGAAUAAA